AUGAGACGAGAGCAGAAGAUGAGGGCCGCGGCGACCUUGCUGUGCACCCUCUCCGUAGCGAGCGCCUGGUUCGUUGCGCCCCCGACCUCGGCGGCGUCGUCGCAUCGUCACUUCGAUUCCACAACUUCUCGAGCGUCAUCGCCGCCAUUUUCUUCCACCGCGCAAAGAAGGCGGCGCAACGCCGCCGGCGGGGAUGCCGCUGAUGCAAGCACCACGAGCGGCAAUAUUCGAGGGCGGAGGCGCGCAGCAGCGGCGAGAACAAGCCAUCGCAUGGUAGCGUCUUCUAGGAACUGGGAGUGGGGCAGGGCGAAGAGCAGCGGGGACGCCCCGACUCCCGCGGCGCAGGCGUUCGGCAGCGACCAGGAGCUCAAGCUCGGUGUGCUCCUUUUGAACCUCGGAGGGCCGGAGCGCCCGGAAGAUGUGCAGCCCUUUCUGUUCAACCUCUUCGCGGAUCCGGACAUCAUCCGACUCCCGAAGCUGGUGCAGUGGCUGCAGAACCCCAUCGCUGCGGUGCUCGCUGCCCGCAGGGCACCGCAGAGCAAGAGCGCGUACGAGAGCAUCGGCGGCGGCUCGCCGAUCGUGUCGUGGACCAACGCGCAGGCCAAGGGCAUCGCCUCCCAGCUCGAGGCGAAAGGGCUGAGCGGCACCAAGUGCUACGUGGGGAUGCGGUAUUGGCACCCCUUCACAGAGGCGGCCCUGGAGGCCGUCGAGGACGACGAGAUUAAUGCCUUGGUGAUCCUCCCGCUGUACCCGCAGUUCUCCAUCUCCACGAGCGGAUCGAGCCUCCGCAUCCUCAACGAGGAGUUCACCCGGCGCCCGGAGCAGUGGGGCCACAAGAACGUGGUCCACACCGUGGUGCCCUCGUACCACGACCGCCCGGGCUACGUGAACGCGAUGGCGAGCCUCAUCGCCCGAGAGGUGGCGGAGUACACGCCCGAGCAGCGGAUGCAGGGCGUGCAGGUGCUCUUCUCUGCACACGGCGUGCCCAAGUCGUACAUCGACGCGGGCGACCCGUACAAGGCGCAGAUCGAGUCCUGCGUCAAGCUCAUCUCGGAGAAGGUGGAUGGGAUCAACGCGGAGGGCGGCCCCGGCGCCAAGCCCGGCAGCUCCGGCGCGGCCGCGGGCGGGGUGACGUACCACCUUAGCUACCAGUCAAGGGUGGGGCCCGUGGAGUGGCUGCAGCCGUACACGGACGCCAAGAUCCAUGAGCUGGCGGACAACGGGUGCAAGAACCUGGUGGUUGUGCCUGUGUCGUUCGUGUCGGAGCACAUCGAGACCCUGGAGGAGAUCGACAUGGAGUACAGAGAGGUGGCGGAGGAGGCCGGCAUCACUAACUGGCGACGGGUACCGGCGCUCAACACGGACCCGGCUUUCAUCGAAGACAUGGCGGACAUGGUCGUGGAGGCGCUAGCGCUGCCAACGCUAACGGUAUCAGAGGCGUUCACGCGCAACAACUGCGACCGCAAGGAGGCCGAGGGUUUCCUCGAGAAGGCCCUCGAUGGCAUGUACGGCAUGCCCAAGACGGGGGGGAAGCCACCCAAGUCGGGGAAGGUCGGGGGGGCAGGCGCGGCGGGAGCGAACGCCAGCAGCGGCGGCGGCGGCGGCGCGGACGGGGAGGGGUCCGGCGACAAGCGCAAGGAGGCGGCGCGAGUGCUGUCCACGCUGUCGGGGGCAGCCUUCGCGGCGGAUGGGGUGGGGAGAGAGAUCGCCGGGCUGUUCACGGCCACCUCCGACGGUAUCUUCUUUUGAUGCUGCUGCCCGCGGUCUGCGGUCUGCGAUCUAUCUGCGGUCGCUUGUGUUUUUCGCGACCUUUUGUGUGGUCGGGGGUGUGGCGAGAGUGGAUGCCGCUCCUAGUCGUCGCUGACGAUUAUGCAAGCUGCUGCUGCUGCCGCCGCCGCCGCCGCCGCCGUUGCCGCCGCUGUCGCAACCUGCUAGAUUAUGACCUGACCUGCCUGUGACGCCCGCGCUUUGUUAGUUUUUUUGCAUUCGACUGCUGUGUGUCGUGGGUGGUUUGGUGUCUCCCACACAAAAAAUAAGUCUUACUAGUUGUGACUUUUGCGCGUUUUGUUUUGUUUUUUCUUUUUGUUGGACUUCUUUUUUGACGUGGUUGGUCGGUGUCCCUCACACGCGGACCCCGAAAAGCCUGCGGGUGCAAAGACGAAGGAACUGCCAGCUUGUGGAGUGCUUUGCGUACGGACAGGGGGUCUUGCGGGGGACAAGCUGCACAAGGUGCUAUCAUGCGGACCGUGAUUGACCACGACUAGAAACGGGCGGUGUUUUUUUACCGGCGUCGAGGAUGAUGUAGCAGUCAUCUUGUCAUCACAUGCACGAGUAGGGGCGGGGGGCGGGGCGUUUGCAGCAUGGAGUGCAUUCCGAAGCACAGCAGCUUAAGGUACUGGAAUAGUUGGCGACCACAUUGGGGAAGACCUAUCUGAACUAAAUACUUGUAACAAGUAGAGAGUUUUUGGUUCCUGUCUAGCAGCUUGUUACCAUGCGCCGUGCCGGGAAACGGCGCUGUAGUUGGGGCUCUUGAUGCUAGGUUUGCCGCCUCAUGCUUUCCAGGAAUGUAAAUACGGUAGCAUACGGGGAUGGGGGGCGGAGGAACGAGAGUCAGGCUUGCGCGCACGUGCACACAAGACAGCAGGGCGGGAUUGGGAGUGAACGUCUUGGUACGAAAACGCGCGGAACGUAGAUGCAUGUAGUUGUCGAUUCGAUGUCCGUCGGUCGUGUUGCGUACGUUUCUUCCUUGUGCCAGAUUCCUGAGCGAGGCCUAGCGAGCGUGGCAAGAAGACGUGUGUUGGGGGUUAUUUUCUGUUGUUGUGGAUGACGGUUGCCUCGCGGCAGCGGUAGCACUGGUAGUAGUAGUCGUUUGCGUAAUAUAAAUGUGUGGCGGGGCUCUCUAUUUAGUUGUUGUUUGUCUUGGUUGAGAAUUUCGCUCUCGAUGAAAACGAAGCUGUUGGGUGUGCGAAGGCUCUUGAGAUCAUUUUGCUGUUUUGGUUCUGUGUGGUGACCGCCUUUGUCUGUCGUUGUUCCCAGCCAUACCCAGCAAGAACUCGGUUGAUCCAUGAAGGUGUUGGCAAGCUGUGAGUAGCACGCGAGAGCAAAGGGAGCGCACGAUCCAUGUGCUGACGUUUGUGCCAGAAAAAUAACUGUCGCUGCUGUGCGGCAAUACCUAGUAGGUGGACCGUUGCAGCAGCUGAGUGAUACAACACUUGGAAGGUGUGAUGGGUGACGGAAGAACUACUUUUUUUCAUC